AUGGUUCCGAGGGGAUGGCGGUGGCUAUGGACGUCGUUCGUCGUUGCCGUGAUUGCUACGGUCAUGGGUGUGCUCGUGGUGCAGAAUACUGAGCUGACGAGCCGGGUGAAUGAGCUUGUUGGCUCCUUGGACGACCCGUGGAGUGUCCUCAAGGACACGGGCCUUUGGAACGAUAAGCUCUUGUCCAAAGAGAUGCGCGAGAAUAUGGAGCAGAUGUUUAGCAAGGCGCGCAAGUGGUAUGAGACACACGAUUUCGAGGUCGGGCGCAGACUGAAAAGAGAGGGUGCGGAGCCGCAUCAUCCUGUCGUGCUGAUUCCCGGCAUUGUGAGCUCGGGCCUUGAGUCAUGGGACACCAGCGAAGAGGAGUCGCCUCUGUUCCGGCAGCGCCUGUGGGGCUCGACAUCGAUGUUUCGGAGUGCUCUGUUUGACAAGGAGAAGUGGGUGCGCCACCUGAUGCUCGAUCCUGUCACCGGCGUGGACCCUGAGGGUAUUCGUGUGCGGGCGGCACAGGGCCUCGACGCGGCCAGCUACUUUGCGGCUGGGUACUGGGUCUGGAGUAAGAUUGUCGAGAAUCUUGCGGCCGUGGGCUACGACAUCAACCAAAUCUACCUCGCGAGUUAUGAUUGGCGUCUGAGCACGCGCAACUUGGAGGAGCGGGACCAUUUCUUCUCGCGCAUCAUGUCCCAAAUUGAAUUCAACUCGCGCGUGUACAAGAGAAAGACCGUGCUGAUCAGCCAUAGCAUGGGUGGCACUGUGGCUAUGUAUCUGCUCAAGUGGCUUGAGCAUGAGCGUGGCGCGGCAUGGAUUGAUGAGCACAUUGAGGCUCUGGCGAACCUGUCUGGCACGUUGCUGGGCGUGCCCAAAGCCAUGCCCGCUCUCAUGACGGGUGAGAUGCGGGACACGGUGCAGGUGCCUUCUAUGUUGGCGUAUCUGUUAGAGCGCUUCUUCAGUGCCCAAGAGCGUGCGGCGCUUUUCCGGACGUGGGCGGGCAGCUCGAGUAUGAUUGUCAAGGGAGGGAAUGCCGUGUGGGGCGAUGUGCAUGGCGCGCCAGAUGACACUCCGAAUGCGACCAAGACCCAUGGCAUUCUGAUGGAGUAUGCGAAUCGCCCGGAUCUGAACGAGACGGAGCCGACGCGCAAGCUCCGUGCCGACGAUGUAUACCCGUGGCUGAACAAGCAUACGGACCAGCACUACCAAAACAUGCUGAAGACGAACUACUCGUUCGGCAUAGAGCGUGAUUCCGCCAAGAUCCGCGCGAACAACAAGGAUCCGACCAAGUGGACAAACCCGCUAGAGGUGGCGCUUCCGCACGCUCCGCACAUGAAGGUUUACUGCAUCUACGGCUGGAACAAGCCCACGGAACGCUCGUACUGGAUGUAUGAGCAGGAGACGGAGAGUGCUCUUAACGAGCGCUCACCGGAUGGAUUCGAGUUCUCCGAAUCGCUGCGGAACCGCACGUCUGACACCGAUACGUUGAUGGUGAGCCGCAUUGACGGCCAGAUGAACGAUGAGAAGAGCGUCCCCCCGCUCGACUCGGGCGUGCGGAUGGGCGAGGGCGAUGGCACUGUGUCUCUUCUCUCUCUCGGCUCCAUGUGUGCGCAUGGCUGGCACAUGGACCGCUACAACCCCGCUCGCCUCAAGGUCGUGACGCAUGAAGUGUACCACAAUCCUGAAGCCUUUGAUCUGCGUGGCGGCACAUCAAGCGGUGAUCACAUCGACAUUCUCGGGUCCAAGGACCUGAAUGAGGCCAUCGUCCGCAUCGCCACAGGUCGCGGCGACCAAGUGCAGGAGCGCAUUUACUCCCCGAUUGCGACCUACGCGAAACGUAUUCAGUGGUAA